CAUGUGGACUUUACGGUCGAGGUGGAACGGGCUUUACGGGUACUUGAUGGUGCUGUGCUUGUACUUUGUGGAGUUGGAGGGGUGCAGUCGCAAACUUUCACUGUUAAUCGGCAACUGAGUAGAUAUCAUGUGCCGUUCAUCUGUUUUGUCAAUAAAAUGGACCGAACAGGCGCCUCGGCACUUCAUGCGUUAGAUGGACUUCGUAACAAACUUAAACACAAUGCAGCACUCAUCCAUCUACCAAUUGGCAAAGAUUCCGGCUUUCGCGGGAUCGUCGAUUUGAUUGAAGAAUGCUGUAUCUUCAAUGAGGGGAAGGAUGGCUUGAUAAUUCGAAAGGACGACGUUCCUAAAGAUAUGCGCAGUCAAGUUACUGACUUUAGACAAGAAAUGAUUGAACAUCUUGCGAACGGAGAUGACGCUAUGGGAGAAAUGUUCCUUAAUGAGGAAAAUCCUAGUCCAGAUCAAAUUCACGCAGCUAUCCGUAGAGCAGUCAUCAAGCGGACAUUUCUACCCGUUCUUCUUGGUUCGGCAUUGAAGAACAAAGGAGUACAAACGAUGAUUGAUAGCGUGGUUCAAUAUUUGCCCAACCCUAGUGAAGUAAUCAAUAGAGCGAAUAUUUUAUUUCUAAAAUUUAGCGAAGAAUCAACUAUAAUCUUAUCUCCGGAAAGAAAUAAUCAGAAACCUUUCGUCGGUUUGGCAUUCAAGCUUGAGGCUGGUAGAUACGGCCAGCUAACAUACUUCCGAGUAUAUCAGGGGCAGCUGAAUAAAGGUGAUACUAUAUAUGCCUCAAAGGAUAAACGUCGUGUACGCGUGCAACGGUUGGCUCGUAUGCAUGCUGCUGAAAUGGAGGCCUUCACUGAGCAGUACUCAAAUGAAAUGAGUUUAUAAGC